CAACAAAUAAACAAAAGGCAAAUUAAGUUCCCAAUAAAAUCGAAAAAUAAAUUAGUAAAUCGAUAAUUUUUGCCUUAAUUUUGUGUUCAAAACGAAAUUAAAGUGAUAGUGCUUGAGAAUAUCACAAAAAACCGGCAAAAAUCGUGUUAGUUCACGAAAAAUAUCGAAAAAACAAAUUACGCCCUGCAGAAAAAAAAAUUCUACACACACAUACGUCGACCAUGUCAGAUGAUAAUUAAUUGUUAUUCGCCAGCAAAUUUGUGUAGAAAUUGCGUAAGAUGGAUGGAAAUGACGAAAGUGUGACUGACUCAACGAGUCAAACUACAGAAAUUUCGAGUGUAUCCCAAAUGGAUGGCACAUCAACUAGUGGAACGGUGCUUUCGGGUCACAGUGUGACCUCAAGUGAGGCAAAUUCGAUGAUGACCGUUCUCGAGGGGUCUCUGAGUGACCGAAGUUUGCAAAAUUCCCCGAACCGGGAUCCGACACGGUCCGAUUGCUCGGUGGAAAAUUCCCCGUUGCAGGGAAGCAGCAACAUUUCCGUGCCAGAUUCGAAUUUAAAGAGACGAAGUCCCGGACCCGGAAGUCUCAUGAAGGAGGGAAUCAUGGAGGGACCUGACGAAAGUGACACAUAUCACAUGGAACCUAUUGGAUCACCAGACUCGGUGCUAAAUCAAGAAAUAGAAUCCUUAAAAUCGCCAUCGACUGUCACGACGGUGGCUAAUCGGACGCAAUUUUUGCCGUGGACUGCUCCAAAUCGCAGUUCCAUUGCCGUAAGUCAAACCACCAACUCAAUGGAUUUAUUUUUGUAUGGCGACGGGACUUUGCGACCGGGUGAAAUUGUGAUGCGCGCAUUAUUUCACAACUUUACGCAACUGGCCGAGAAGAAAAUUGAAAUGGUGAUGCUGGAACCGUUCGAUAAGAGUCUCUCAAAGCUGCUACAACGCGGAGAGAACCCGAGUUUUGAUCAACUCCUAUCGGCACUCGGAUCCGUAGCGGAACAUUGUCUCCCGUCGUUGUUGCGGGCCCUCCUCGCCUGGCAUACGCGUCAAUUGAGCGACAACGAGAUUCGAAAACUGGACAAUGUCGUCAAAAAUUCCGCAGAACUCGAGUCACAAUUGCAAAGACGCGAAGCAGCUGUCGAAUUUAUCUUUUGUCUCGCCUUACUGGAAGUCCUGAAACAGCUCCCCUUCCAUCCAGGACACGACGAUCUCAUUCGACGCAUCGAACAAUUCGCUUUUCGACACUUUAAGUUCCGCGAAGGCAUCCAAAACUCGCCAAAUGCGCAUAAUAUCCACAUGAUUGCUGACUUGUAUGCCGAAGUAAUUGGCGUUUUGGCGCAAUCCCGGUUCCAAUCCGUGCGAAAAAGGUUCAUGACGGAGCUAAAAGAGCUGCGAGCGAAAGAACCUUCGCCACAUACCACGCAAAGUAUCAUCAGUUUGUUGAUGGGAAUGAAAUUUUUCCGUGUCAAGAUGGUUCCUAUCGAAGAAUUUGAAGCUUCAUUCCAGUUUAUGCACGAAUGCGGACAAUAUUUUCUCGAAGUCAAGGAUAAAGAUAUCAAACAUGCACUUGCUGGACUUUUUGUCGAGAUUUUGGUGCCAGUAGCGGCAGCUGUCAAGAACGAAGUGAAUGUCCCGUGUGUCAAAAAUUUCGUGGAUUUGCUUUACUCAUCGACUUUGGACGCCAGUACGAAGAGCAAACAUCGUCUAGCGCUCUUCCCGUUGGUCACGUGUCUCUUGUGUGUCUCGCAAAAGACAUUUUUCCUCAACAAUUGGCACUAUUUCCUCGCAAUGUGUUUGUCCAACUUGAAAAAUCGCGACCAGAAAAUGAGUCGUGUGGCACUGGAAUCGUUAUAUCGUCUCCUUUGGGUUUACAUGAUCCGGAUCAAGUGCGAGUCGAAUCAAGCGACACAUUCUCGCUUGCAGUCCAUCGUUAACUCACUUUUUCCGAGAGGAAGCAAGUCCGUUGUUCCAAGAGAUACGCCUUUGAAUAUUUUUGUCAAAAUUAUUCAGUUUAUAGCGCAAGAGAGGCUGGAUUUUGCGAUGAGAGACAUUGUUUUUGAGUUGUUGUGUGUUGGGAGACAGAUUAAAGUGAUUACUACGCCGGAACGGAUGUCGAUUGGUUUGAGAGCAUUUUUGGUGGUGGCUGAUUCUUUGCAGCAGAAAGAUGGUGAACCACCAAUGCCUCGUACUCUCGGCGUCCUUCCCAGUGGCAACACGUUGCGCGUCAAAAAGACAUAUUUGAACAAAAUGCUGACCGACGAUGCUGCUCGUUCAAUCGGAAUGUCCUCCUACUUCCCGCAUGUCCGAACCGUUUUUGUCGACAUUCUCCGCGCUUUGGAUGCCCAUCACGGUCGUCCCCUAAUGAUGACUGCAACGGCAAACAUUACCGUGAAACCCGAAGAAAUGCUCGCGGGCGAACGAAAACCCAAAAUCGAUCUUUUCCGUACGUGCGUCGCUGCUGUUCCACGUUUGGUGCCCGAAACAAUGAACGGUCACGAGCUAGUCGACAUGUUAUCACGACUCACCGUUCACAUGGACGAAGAAUUAAAAGUGCUGGCUUGUCAGAGCUUACAAACACUCGUAAUGGAUUUCGCAAACUGGCGCCAAGACAUUAUCCAAGGAUUUACGCACUUUUUGGCACGCGACAUUCCCGAUACAUUCCCGCAACUGGUCGAUAACGGACUGCGACUCUUGCUGAAUCUGCUAAAUAUUUGGCGAAGUGCCGUCGUGAAUGGAAACGGAGGUCGUACCGUCACAAAAGAGACAAAUAACGGUCAGCAAGGACAACAACAACAAAAUCAACAAACUGUCGGACAGGCUAGUAUCAUUACCGUGUCCUCGACAUCGUCCAGUGGCAAUUCCAGUCUCAAUUCCAGCGGUAUUUCGAGCAUUCAUACAAAUGCAACGGGCGUAACGACGAUCGAAAAUACCAACAAGAAGACGGAGCAACCGAUUCAAACGACUUUUUAUCUCGUCGAAGGCUUUGCUUUGAUGAUGCUUUGCAAUUGUCGCCCUUUUCCACGCAAAUACGGCUAUUUCAUUUUAAAGGAAGUGAAAAAUCUGAUAAAAGCCCUCGGAAUUGCCGAAACAGAACCGCCCCUCAUCGAUGUCAUCGACAAAUGUUGCCCCGAUGUCCUGGAAAAAUGCGUUCACAUGAUGUCGCAAAAGGACAAGGCCGAAAUGAUUGCAUGCAACAACAUCGACUUGCACUGGCUAACAGAACGCAGUGGACCGAUUUGGGUUCAAUCCGAAGAUUCAACGAAAAAUUCGACUCUCACGUUGUGUCCGACGCAAUCCAGCAGCGUACAAUUUGACGCGUGGGCUACAUGUCUCUUUGGAUUCAUGGAGAAACAAAGAGUCCUAUCGAAAUGUCCAUCAGUUUGUACACAAGCAUGGCCAUUGUUGUAUCAUCGAGCAACGAAUUUAUUUUCUGUCAUUGAUCCCACACCUGUCAGCGAUAAUCGUGCGUCAUUGCUACGUAGCUCGGCUCCCGCUAAAAAGCCACCUCCCGAAAAUCAAAGAGACUCGUUGGUGCAUUUGUGGCGCAAUCAGGUAGCAAUGGCCUUUAGAUUAGUACCGCAAAUGCCCUCUGUGGCAAUUCGUUGUGCAUCGCCCGACUUGAGUUUGAGUUUGCAUGAUCAGUCGGACACCCGCUCCUUAUCCGAUUCAUUGGACAAUAUUCCGUCAUCUGUGUUUGGACCAGAGGGCAUUGUGACACGAUUUACUUUACCAUUGUCUUAUGGACGCAAAGAUGCACGACAUAAGCGUCAAGGCUCUUCUCCAGAUUCGCUCACAACGGACCGAAGUGACAAAUCAUCAGCAGCAACAGCAUCUCCCGUGGCUCUGUACAAACUCGUUUGUCCGUUAUUGCGGUGUGAGGUCGUUGAUAUACGUGAUGCGGCUGUGAAUGCUCUCGCCUUGAUUAAUCAUGAUGCGCUAAAAGAUUUAAUGGACGAACUCGUUUUGUCCAUUCGCGAAGCAGUCGAUCGUAAGCAAGAAAACAUGAGACGCCGUCGUCGUCGGGACGCUUUACGCUUGCAAUUGGUCAAAGUACUGGAACGCAUGGCAGAUAAUGGUGUCUUUGGCGUGAGUCCGAGCGUGUUGGAACGCGAGACAACAGUCACGUUGCACUCGUCCUUCGUGGAGUACAUGGAAGGGGCACGCUUAUAUCUGGAAGCUGAAACGGACAAGGACAAUGCGAGCAUGAAAGAAGUCAAAAUACACUUUUGCGACUUCAUUCGGAAAAUGAUUAAGAAUUUUUCAUUGGAAGCAUGCACGACACUCUUAUCGAAGGAGUUGAAGCGAAAUUUGUUCAUCCUGUUUGCCACAUGGAGUGGCGCGCUGUCGAAACCGCUGGGUGUUAUGUAUCACGUGUCGAGUGGCACACAAAGCGGCAUCGAUGACGAUCGUUUACAGUUUAGUGCACUUCAGGCAAUGUGUGCUCUCUUGUGUUGCGGCCCGUGCUUUGAUAGUCACAAUUUAUCGGAAGACGGGCAUUUUUACUCAUGGCUUGAUUUACUGUUGACAUCAAAGGAUGAGAAGAUCUACGAGCUUGCACGUGACACCGUCAUACUCCUCCUAGAGGCAAAUCCGGAUGUCGGCCAACUACUGGAAUGGGUAAUCGAUCGCUGCUACACUGCAAUUCCCCGUGAAGCCGAUGCUUGUUUCCUCGCACUCGCGACAAUUUUUAGUGCAAGAGAAUACCCGUGUGAUCAUUAUACGUCGGUAAUUAAUGUAACGCUGUUAAUGACGGGAUAUCCAAGAGUGGAAGUUCAUUCCACCGCUUUACAAUUGCUGCAAAUACUGGAUAAGCGUUUCUUUGGCAACGUGGGACCGUUGGAGUCGGAAGGCGAUAAAGAAAUUGAACGCACUGGCACCUUGGAUGCCAUUCUAAGUGGUGCCUAUUGCCGCACACAAUUAUCUCGUGAGAUGGCGAGACUUCGUCCGGAGCUGACGAUGCCCAUGUUUUCGGAAAUUACGCAUCGAUUCCAGACGGCACGUGCAGAGGUACGAGCACUGCUGCUUCGCGGCCUCCUUCCAUGGCUCGAAAAUAUGGAGCUCGUAGCAACAAGUGUCCCGCCAGCAACACCCCUUUCCUAUAUCAUGUAUUACCCGAAUUCCGGUACGCGAGGCCGUCGCGAUGGUUCUGGUUCGACGGAGGCAACCGAAAUGAUAUUAAAUAACCUCUUCUAUAUCACAGUAAAGUUUGCCGAUUCGCAUCCACGUGACAUCGAGGAACUUUGGGGCACACUUUGUGCCUUCUGGCCGAACAAUUUAAAGGUGAUUCUGCGCUAUCUUGUCAUCAUCUCGGGCAUGGCACCGAACGAAUUGCUGCACUGUGCAAAACGUGUUGCUCUCUAUCUGGCCCGCACCUGCCCCGAUCGCCUGCUUGACGAGUUAAUGACUGAAUUACAGACCGUUGAAACGCUUAAUUGCCUGAUUGAACGUACGGAGACGCCGCCAUUCUACCGUUUGACGAGCAUGAGAAAGACGUCAAGCCAUUCGGAUGGUCCCUCCACCGGUAAUACAGACAUAAAAUUACAAGACGGAACGAUUCACACGAAGCGGCACAGUGGCGAGGAUCACAUAAAAUCCGGGACGUGUCGAUCUGACAGCGCUCUCCGGCAAUUUUCCGUUGGUUAUCGGCCACCGCGUGGCAGCGACAAAAUCCGAACUGCUUCGGGUCCCGCAAUAUUUCCGCGACAAGAAGACAUGUUGUCCGGAGACACGACUUCGACAUCGAACGAAGGCACGUUGGAACGAAAAGCCGAAGCCCCCAUUACGCCACACCCGCUUCCGAUGCCCGAAUAUGGCGGAUGGUUUGCCCCUCUUACCGAAUUCUUGCCGGACUCUAGUGUUCCAAUCAGCGGUUUUCAUCGGUGUAAUGUCGCGGUGAUGCUGUUGGCAGAUGUCGUUGUCGAUGGCAUCGAAAAUAUCGAUUGGACUUUGCAUGUUCCGUUAAUGCUUCAUAUCCUUUUCCUUGGGUUGGAUCAUACGAGACCACUUGUGCGCGAUAAUUGCAAGCAACUUUUGUUGAAUUUAUUGAUCGUAUUAUGUGAACAUAACGACCAUUUAACAGUCGCCCGCAUCCUCUUAAACAGCGAGACACAAAAACUUCAUCUUGGACUAGCAUCCUCUAAUUUAGGAGUCGUUGUCCACAACUUCACCGAACCCAAUGAGGAAUUCGACGCUUAUCUAUUUGGACCGCCCGCUGUUCCUGCCACCACUUCCUCCACUCUCACCAUUUGCCCUGCACCCAUUAAUGCCAGCACAACAGUCGAGGAAGACGAAUCUGGCGUGGCUGCAACAACGACAGACAACACGAUAACAGUAAAAACGCAAAUUCCCUCGAUCAUCACCGAAGAAAACUCGCCGCCGCAACCGGGACCCACAAUGGCAACUGCUCACGUGAUAAAAAGUCUCAUCCGAUUCCUGGCCCAAGAUUCCUCUCAACCGCUGUGGAAUUACGAAGACAUUACUGCCAAAGUCUGGGUUAUCAAGAGUGCCGAGCAACUGACUUGCCUCUUGCGUUACGUGUUGAAAGUAUUUACCGAAAGUUAUCCGCAAGCGCGUUACAGCGAACGUUGGGCUCAAACUGCCCUUCAACUCGGAUUGAGUUGCUCGUCGCGUCAUUACGCGGGUCGAUCGUUGCAGGCUUUCCGUGCUCUCAAUGUGCCCAUUAAUAGUCGCAUGUUGUCAGACAUCCUCUCGCGUCUCGUGGAAACGGUGGCCGAACAAGGCGAAGACAUGCAAGGCUACGUCACGGAGUUACUUCUCACUCUUGAAGCUGCUGUCGAUAGUCUCGACUCCGAUUUCCGUCCUUUGGAUGUCAUGAAGGACAUUUUCAAGUCCACACCGAAUCUCAACAACAAAGAUGGUGCGGGGGCGAGCGCAGGUGGUAAAAAAUCCGCCGAUGGCACACCGGGAUCACCACAAGCCAUUAACAGCAUGUUACAGAAUCAAGGUCACACCCGCAGCACGAGUUAUUCCGUUUCUUACUGCACUCGCCGAACCACGCAGUCACCGAUUGACAAACAAGUCGAACUGAGAAAUCGCGUCGCACUCGAAGCUGAACGAAAAAAUCAAAAUUUCGGAGGCGCUCUUUCGCGAUCGCGUUCGGCACAGAGUUUAAAGUUGCUGGGAGACACCUCGACCCAAGACGAUAAAAUGACAAUUUUAGCGCAACUCUUCUGGUUGGCCGUUUCAUUGUUGGAAAGUGACUUCGAGCACGAAUUUUUGCUGGCAUUGCGACUUUUGGGACGUGUUUUGUACCGAUUGCCACUUGAUCGACCUGAUGCGCGUGACAAAGUCGAAAAAUUACAACAACAACUAAAAUGGCCCGGAUUUCCCGGUGUUCAUGCGUUAUUAUUAAAAGGAUGCACUCACGCAACAACGUAUGAACCUUCAAUAACGCUCCUGUCAAAAUUCGCUCCUUUAUUGUCGUUGCCCGUUUGCGAUCCAACACAAAGUUGCGCCUUCCCGAUGAACGUAAUUGCACUUUUGCCGUACAUGUUGCUCCAUUACGAGGAUGCCAAUGAGGUUUGUAUCACAUCGGCGGAAAAUAUUGCCCAAGUAGCCUCCGAAAUGGGAUCAAAACUGGAGAAUUUGGGCACCGUGAUGACACUUUACAGUCGCAAGACGUUCAGCAAGGAUCCGUUCCAGUGGACAAAAUGUGUUGUCAAGUAUGUUCAUGACACGUAUGCGCAUAUGGGAAUUAAUAUGUUGGCAUUUUUGGUGGAUGUGCUUGAAAAGGGAUGGGCACAAGUGCAGAUGCAAGUUUUGAGUGUCAUUCAUUGCAUGCUUCAUUACGUCGAUUUGUCAACGCAACAAGCGCAACCAUUGUCAGCUGAUUUGUUGAGAGUCAUUUCUAAAUUCUUGGAUACCCCUCACUGGCGCGAAGCUCUCAAAAUCCUAAAACUAGUCGUCACUCGCAGCUCUUCACUGCAGGUCGUUCCGCAGUAUUCCGAGAAAACGUACCACCAUCAUGGCAGUUACUCCGAUUCCGAAGUAUUUUGCAAGAAGGAGCUUGCCGGACGAACAAUGGACUUCACCUUCGACGUGUCUCAGACUCCGCUCAUCGGUCGUCGCUUGCUCCUCAAAGGUGACUCCGAGACAAAUGCCAAAAUCAAUGCUGGCGUUUCGGCUGGCAUGCAUUUGGCCCACUUCAAUACCUCAAGUUCGCCGAGACGCAGUGCGAGUCUCUCUCCCGCAGAUACUGGACCGAUUUCGGGAUGGAAGCGCCCAUGGAUGUGUCAAGGUCGCGUUCGGGAGUGUCUCGUGAAUCUUUUGACAACUUGCGGACAACGCGUUGGCUUGCCAAAGAGUCCUUCGGUGAUUUUCAGUCAAUCGUCGGAUUUGUUGGAGCGUCAAUCGUCGGCGGCAAGCAGCACCGACGAAACUUCCGGGCCGCAACAGGACUUGAGUGGCGGAUCACGCAGAGAUGAUCAGCCCGAUUUCACCGUUUUCCGUGAUUUUGACUUUUUGGAGUACGAAAGCGAAAGUGUCGAAUGCGAUUCGACGGACAAUUUCAACUGGGGCGUUCGACGACGACCACUUUCCGAAGGCGAUAGUGAGCCACUGGGAGAACUCAAGGCAGCUUCGGGCUUGGAUGAGAGUGUCAGUGAAAAUACACCAGUGCUAGCGAAACGCAGUAAGCGUCAAUCGUCAAAUACGGCUUACGACUCCUCAGACGAAGAAUUGGAAAAUGAGUCACCUCACAAUCUCCUGCGAAAACCCUUGUAUCUGAAAUCCUCGUCUUACUUGUCGGGACCUCCAACGUCGUUAAGUUUGAAGGAACGCGGUCAUCAUAGACGUGACAGUGUUUCUCGAAGCGACACAAGUGGCUCGAGUGUCGGUGAUUUAGGCGACAUAACGCCUUGCAACGAAUCUCCGCAUCUGACGGGACUUUUACCAUUCCGUGCUCCGAUCCGAGAUGAAACUGAGGAGGCAUGGCGGCGAAAUCUCAAAGAAUUAUUGGUCAAUCAACCAAGCAGUCAUGCACCGGAUUUGCUCGAUAAACUUUAUUUACUCAUCAAGGAGCUGACGAUCAAAAGUAUUUUUAUUGCAAAGGACUCUAUGAGAUAUUUUACCGGAGUUAGCACGCAAUUGGGACACAGAUUGUCUGUUUUGGCGGAUUUGUUGUCAUCACGAGGCGAGCCACCUAAAAUUUGGUAUAAUAAGGCACUAACCACGACACCUCGACUGCAAGAGACUCUGAGAUAUGCCGUUUUGGAAGUACAAGAGCAUCUGGAGACGUUCUUUGACCGGAAGGAACACGUGAUUGAAUGCUUGGAUUCCGUCAAAACAUCCUGCAAAUAUGCUCUCUUCAGUGACAUGGACUCGUCGAACGAAGGCACCGGCACUGCCAACAUCGUCGAUCACACCGCUGACCCAGCAACGAUGGAACUUCUCAUCGACUUGGGACGCGGUCUCUACAAACUCAUGUUCCAACUUUUGCUUCUCAUCGAAUCUGAUCACAAAAUUGCGAUAAAUGUCGUUUCGAACCUUCGCAACAACGACAAAAUGGCAGAUUUGUCAAAAAUGUUCAUGUCUGUGCGCGGCGCCAUUUUACGCAGUAUUGACGAAACGGAAAUGGAAUCUCUGGAUACGUCGACAUCAACUGAAGGUGAAAACACCCCGACACCGUCUCCGGUCCCCAUUAACAGCAACGAGUUUGAAUCGAUGCUCGUUGAGCUGAUUGACGGAAGUCGCUGGGCAGCUGCGAUUAAUUACGUGAAACAACACAAACAACUUUCGAACGUGAAUCCAUGUUUCACACUGGCAUCGAGCAAUCUGGAAACAGCCAGUUCUUUGCCGAAAGAAGAAGAUAUCAAGAGUGUUGGCGAUUUGAAUAUCAUUAUGGACAUUUAUUCGCAAAAGUUGAUAAAGGAUCGCAAUGAUGCAUUCAUUAUAUCACGUCCCGAAGCUGAAUUAAAUGAAAUUCACGUAAUAUUGAUGGAAAAUUUAUAUCACGUGUCUGCAGCGUUGGCAGGCGUCGAAAUUGCAGUAGUCUCGACCUCGUCUGCACCAACCACAUCCAAGGACACAGUCGACAUCAUUACGACACUUUAAAUUAAAUAUUUUAAUAAUUAACUCGGUAGCAAUUAAUAUUUAAUCAGAUAACCGUGUGUGAAAUACUCUUGACUGGAUUAACAUUGAAAAAUGUCUUAAAGAAUAAAAUUAACCAAU